AUGGCUUUACAAACGGUCGAGUUCAAAUGGGAGAUUGAAGAUUUCUAUAUGUGCGUGCAACCUGGCAAGUUCAUCGAGUCGCCGAAAUUUACGGUGUAUUGUUCCAUCGGAAAAGUUGCCCAGCAAGUUGAUUGGCAUGUUAAGCUCUUUCCUAACGGACGCACACACGAAGAACGUGACUUUAUUUCCAUCUAUUUAAAAUCGAGCACCAAGGUCCAAGCAUCGUGUAGCUUCACUCUGUUCAAUCGUGUGGGUGAAGUAGAUUUCAUUAUAGAAAAUAAGAAUUCAAAAGUUGAAAUAUUUCCGAGUGAGAAUAGCUGGGGCGACGCCAAAUUCACUCGAGUCGAAUCCAUUAAGAAAUGCGGCACCUCCGAUAACCGGCACAUUGUAUCAGUUGUGUGCCGGUUAACGAUAAUACCCCAAAACGAAGUGUCAAAACUCGAGCAUCGUGAUGGAUAUAAAAAAGUCAGAUUCUCAGAUCGGUUCGAAGAUCUUUACGAGAGCAAGAAAUUUUCUGACGUGUCGCUAAUUUCGGAAGGCAAAACUGUGAAAGCGCACAAGGUCAUACUUGCAAACGGCAGUGCCGUGUUUAACACCAUGUUUGACGCCGACAUGAUGGAAAAGCAGAGGAAUACAGUGGUAAUCAACGACAUCAAGUACGAUGUUCUCGUAGAACUGCUACGAUUCAUUUAUUGCGGAAGAAUACACAACAUCGACGAGCUAGCCUUUGAGCUAGCCAUAGCUGCAGACAAAUACGCAGUGGAUGAUCUGAAGGAAGUGUGCGAGGAGACCAUCGCGAAGAACUUGAACAACGGAAACGCCAUUGCCUGCCUCAAACUGUCCGACAAACUCAACAUGGACUUGCUGCAGAGGAAAGCUUUGGAAUUCAUUGUUUGCAAUGAUGUUGUCUCUCGUCAAUUGGAAUUCAAGAUGUUGCCUUCGCAUAUUUUGUUAAAAUUGUUUUACGCUAGUACCGAAGCCAUUAAGAAAUACAAGUGCACUUAG